UCUGGUCCAGCUGGUGCUGCAGGGACCGUCUGGUCCAGCUGGUGCUGCAGGGACCGUCUGGUCCAGCUGGUGCUGCAGGGACCGUCUGGUCCAGCUGGUGCUGCAGGGACCGGCCCAGCUGUGCUGUAAUUAGACGUCAGACCCAGAAGGGGAAGCUGAACUGGGUGGGACUUUGAGACUUCCUGUCAGAGCAGAAUGUGGUCCCAGCAGCUGCUUGUUUGAAGUUCAGAUGAUGAUGAUGAUGAUGAUGGUGGUGGUGCUGCUCUUCGCUCUGCUCUCAGGUAGCUUCUGAUUGGUUGUGUUGAUGAAACUAACUUUGUUUAUUGUCCUGAUGCAUCUCAGUAAUCCAGGUAGACAAAUCAAAGAGACAGAAUGAGUMGGUCCUCUGGAUGUUCUUCUUCAGUGAAACGGUUUGUCUGUCCUCCAAGAGACUUCUUCAGAUGAAAUGUUUCAGAAAUGGUCCAGAGGACCCACUUUGAUUUGUCUUUUAUUUCUAAUUAUUUGACUGAACUUUAGACGGUCAGUUAUUUUGUACAGCAGCUCAGUUUGAGAUGAAGCACAGGGGAGGGGUCUGCAGGUAGACCUGCAGACCUGCAGACCUGCAGACCUGCAGCAGAUAAACAUCUAAUGAGGAAACUCUUCUGUUCAGUUUGUCUCUGAUUGAUCUUCUUGUUUCUCUGACGUACAGGCGUUGGCCCAGCCUCACCCCUGCAGCUAGUAAUACUCAGAUCUGUAGAAACAUAGAGGACAGUGGUCCUCCUGCUGCUGAACCUGUGUCUCUGUGUGGACAGGUGCUGGAUGUGACAGCAGGACAGCUGUUGGACAAACGGGUCAGAUGGUCAUUCUACCCUGUCAAUAUGACACAAACCAUCAUGGCGUGGCAAAAGCUUGUUGGGUUAAAGGAGAUUUACCCAAAUGGGGCGAAUGUGGCUCAAAUCAUCUGAUCUUUACAGACGGACACAAAGUAACAUCCAGAACCUCCAACAGGUACCAGUUACUGAGUCAGAUGGAUAAAGGAGACGUGUCUCUGACCAUCCUGAACCUGACAGAGGAAGAUGGAGGAACAUACAGCUGCAGAGUGGCGAUAUCUGGACCGUUCAAUGAUAUAAAACAAUGUAUCAGUUUGACUGUUGUAAAAGGUUCAACCACUGCACCACCGUCCAGUACCGAACCCAAGACGACAGCAACCAACCAGAGCACAGGUCCCAUGACCACAGAGGACAUCCUGACUUCCUCUGCAGCCACCAACAAGUCCCCUGAGGAUCCCAGUCCACAGACAGGGAUUCUGUGGUGUGUUCUGCUCCUGUUGGUGGUUCUGGUCUCUGCAGGAGGACUCUUCAUCAUCGGUGAGAAGAAAAACAGCAGAACAUGA